GUGUCUUGUGUAACCGGCGUAGUGCUUUCUUACGGUGUUAAAUUGAUCUGUGUUCGUUCUAGCGUUUUAUACUGUGGUGGUAGCCUCAGAUUUCGUUGCUUGACUUUGAUUGCUUGUCAUUUCUGUGUUCAUUCUAGCUGUAUAUUAUAUAUUGUACGUUAGCGGAAGGAGAAAAAAAAACAAUAUUUGCAUCGCCAUACAACAGAAGGUAGGGUAUUGUUAAGAAGAUAACAUUAUUGAAUCAAAAAAAAAACAUGAACCUCGUGCUUCAGCGCACCUAUCGAUGACGUCAUCGUCGUAUUUUUUUUCCUCUGCCCUCUAACCUAUGGUGUUUUUCGAGUGCUGCCAUCUGGUCAAGAAGAGCAGCACGUGCAGGCGCAGGGUCUUCCCCGUCUGCGGCAGUGAUGCCAGGAUGGACACGGAACUAGGCCCACCCGAAGUCAAGUCCAGGACGGCGCCCAACUCCCCGCGCCCUGCCAAACUCAGGCCAAAUAGGAUCUCUCUGGUACUGUCGCACUGGGACUCGUUCUACAAGACUUGUGUUAUAGAUGGGCCUGUGAGUGUUCAGGAACCAGAUGAGAACAAAAUGAAUAAUGCCUCAGAUUCGAACAGAUCCCCUAGAGUGACGUCAGCAGCCACCAAUGACGUAGGAGCUGGAGGCGAGGGCUCCUCUUCCCACAACCAUGUCAAGGCGGAGAAAAAUGACGCCACUGGCACGCCGACUAACAACAACAACAACAACAAUAAUGUCAAGACACUCAGCAACAAUGCAGGUAUUAAGAAUGACAUCGAGUCCCGUAGUAAAAACUUGACCAUGGACCAGAUCAAGGAAAAGCUAACUCUGAUUGUUACAGAACUGAAAAACAUGGAAGAGUAUCACCAUGGCGACGGCAUGAAGUACCAAAAGGUGAUCGGGGACAUGUACUGGGACUAUCCAGCCGAGAGAGAAGACAUUGGGAACUUUCUUGCUGACCUUGGCUACGCAGAGAUCACUAUCACGAUGUUACGUCAAAUGAACAGUUUGGGAAUAUUUAAGAAUGAUGACAUCUGGUUUCCAACCUAUUAUACAUACAAUACCUGCUGGAACUACAGUGACGCCAGUGAGAAACUGGCCAGGUAUCUAGCAGAAACAGGAGCUGUGAAACUAAUGACCAUGAACUUGGGGCACAAACCUUAUUUGGACAAUAUGCAUAGCAAGAAUGUUUACUACGUUUUAAAAGCCUCACUGAGUACAUUACACAACAUAGCUCGGUGCACAGGGGUCAAACAUCACUUCAAGGACAUCAAAACAGCUGAGGUUGUCAUGCCACUGAUCAGUGCAAAUGAUGAGUUUCUGAAAUCUAUUGCGAUGUUGACAUUGGCUUAUAUUGUAGAGGAAGAUGAGAAUGCUAAACUGAUUGAUGAAACUGAUACUAUCAAGAACAUUGUCAACUGGAUUCACAAAGCUUUAGAAAACAAACAGAAGAGAAGAUAUAGAGGGUUCACACCAUGGGAGCUAACUCAAGGCUUGUCCAAGUUAGCUGUGAAUGAUUCCAACAAGGCUAAAAUUAUAGAAGAAGGCGCAUUGAGUGACUUCACCCAGAUGUUGCGCCACACAGAUCCUAGGGAACAGUCCAGUGCUGCUGAAUGUCUUUGGACACUAGCCUUUGAUAAGACUGUACGUCAGACCAUAGUUGAGUCUCCAGACCUUGUCCCAGCCCUGGAGGAGCUCAAGAACUCUGAGAACAGUUUAGUCAAAAACAAUGUACAAGGGGCUCUUUGGAUGAUCAAGGGAGAGAAUGAUCCUGCAGCAAGUGUUUCUAGGCCUAACUCAGGUAAUGCAAUCAAGAAUCAUAUAUUUAUCAGCUACAGCUGGGCAGAGAAGGAGAUGGUCAAGAAAAUACACAAUAGUUUAUUGUCUGAAGGCUACAAAAUCUGGGUAGACUAUGAACAAAUGGGUGGCUCAACACUCCAGGCUAUGGCUGAUGCUGUGGAAAAUGCUGCUGUUGUUUUGAUCUGUAUGUCUGAAAAAUAUAAACAAAGUCCAAACUGUCGGACAGAGGCAGAGUACACAUUUCAAUUACGGAAGGACUACAUCCCACUCAUGAUGCAAAAGAAAUACAGACCAGAUGGCUGGCUGGGAGCAAUCCUUGGUGCGAAGUUGUUCUUUGACUUCACUGGGAAAUAUCCUUAUGAAAAACCAUUACAGGGCUUACUAAAAGAGCUUCGAGGCAGAGGAAAAACAGCUCAAAUACAAGGAAAUAAAAACCCAUCAGUCGAUGAAAUAGACAGCAACAUCGAAGCCAAUCAUGUGACAGGAAGCAGCAGCGGCAGAAAAAAUGUGUUGAGCAGUCCAACUUCAAACCCACAUAAUCAGAUCACCCAGAUUUCCGCCUCGUGUGUCACCAUGAGCAAUGAACAUGUGGAACAUUGGCUUGUCUCAAAGGGUUUGCAGAGGUUAACUUCUGCAUUUUCUCAAAUUGAUGGUCAACUUAUUUGGCAACUGAAAGCAAUGAGAGAAAGGGCCCCAGAAUAUUUCCACACCAGUUUAGAAAGACAAUUUGGAAUGACAUUAAUUGAUAUCUUACGAUUCAAUGCAGCUCUAGACAGUUUACAUUGAUGUUAAUCCAGUGGAUUAUUGUUUGUAUCCAAGAAGAGCGCUAUCCUUUGUCAUCCAUCUGCUGUGCAUAUCUUUGUAUGUGUUGCUGCGGCUAUUGGAUAAAUGCUGAUCUAAAGAUUUAGGUUAUAAAUAAAACAUGAAAUUAUUUCCUUUAAAUUUGAGUUUCUAUCUUAAAGUAGGAAUAAUUUAAUUUGCUCUUGAACAAAGAAAUUUUAAGUCAUUAAUGACCUUUUUGAAUUGGGUGUAAUAUUUUGCUGACCCUAGAUAUGUCCAGAUUUUUUAAUGUAUCUAAAAAUAAAUAUAAAAUGACCCUAAAAUAAUAAUUUUUUUUAUUCAGUUAGUUGUAAACCUUAUUCAUAUUUUUAGGGUCAAUUUAAUAGUGUAGAAAAAAUGUUCUUAUUCAUACUUUGUACAAAUAAAAUUAAUCAUUAUGCUUCAGGUCAAAUACUGGUCAUGAAAAGCACUUGUUUAAAAAUAGAAGGCUGUUUACUUGCAGAAUUUAUAUAAAACUGUUUCAGUGUAUUAUUCACAGAGGUAUGUUAGCUUUCACUAAGGAUACAGAUAUUGUGAGACAGUUCAAAGUUCAUGUGUUUAUUAUGAAAGUUUUCUCAAUGUGUCCUGCAAUUCACUAUGCACAGUUACCUCCUUUGCCUGUGAUGCUGUAGUUGUUCAUUGUAUUAACUCCAUUUCGUUGUUUCCUCUCAUGCCUGUAUAUUACAAGGUAGCCCGCGUCAUUUGAAGUGGUACAGUAAGAACAGUGAAGUGUGAACAGCUGGUGACUUUGAAUUGACUUAAAGUCAAGGAAAAUAACUGAAAUGUAUGUAUAAUUACUUCCCUUAUUGGUGAAGUCUUCCGUCGUGAGGAUAUUUCGUAUUUUAGAUUUGCUCACGGUUUUUCAAUAUUGUUAACAAAGUGUCUGCUGGGAUAUCAUAUUUCUCUGCCACUGAUUUCUUGGGCAGUUUUUUUCUUUGUCUAUGUCCUUCAGAAAUGCCAUUUUCGUUUCAUUGUAAGAGAUUUCUAUUGUCUCUUUAAAGGAUUCGGACCUGAAGAACUUGACAUUGCCAUUUUAAGAAACUAAUAAACUAAGAGAUAGCCAUUACAACAUGAUGGAUAUUGUAUGGUGUGUGUUGUGCUGAGAGCAGAUGGUGUAUUAGUCAACCAUUAUUUGUCCCACAUUACACUCUUCCACACAGACUAGGACACUGGUGCCUAUACGUGAUGUAACAUACCAUACGCCAUGUACACACACACACAAACGGAAGGUUAAAAUCAGGGGAACGCUUGAUGUCCAGGAAUCAGUAAACACCAUAGAUGAAAAAGGCAUACAUCUCACGGAUAAUUUUUUAUUAUUUUAUUCCUAGUCGAAAUUUGCAUAACUGAUUUUAAAGUCACCACUUUUUUUUUAAUAUAGACAAAGAAGAAAAAACUAUAAAGCAAAUCAGAAUGAAUCACAACUUUGAGAGUUUAAUUUUCACUGACACUGUAUUUUUGAAUGUAUUUAUUUGGCCUAGAUUUCUGUCAUUCAAGAAAUUUGUCGAUACAUUUUCAUCUAAGUCUGUUAACAAAAAAUAUGUUUCUUUUUUUUUCUUUUGUUGAUAUGGACCUUAUGAUGAUUCAUAUUAUUUCUUGCUGGAUGUUUUUGAUUCUCUCUGUUGACUAAAGAUCUGGAGUAAAAGUUUAACAAUUAAGAUACAGAAAUGACCUUCACAUUAAUGCAUCUAUCAUGUGAUCUGCCCCACCAUUACAUUCUAUUGAUUGAAUACAAAUCUUAAUUUUCAUUCAAUCUGUUUCUAUGUCCCAAACAUUUAGUCCCAAACAUUCAGUAUUGAUUACUUUGGUCAGUUUUGUAUAUACCAGUACCAUAUUUACUAUUAUGACUUGCUACUGUGAACUAGGUUUUAAUGACAACAUGCUAAAUUUGUGCUGAUGUGUGUUAGACUUUGAUCUAAGUGUAUUUAAAUGUGAAUUAACAAGUUGAAACUGAUCCUUUCAUUUGUUCUGAAAUACUGUGUGCGCAACAUUAACUUCAUCUAUUUCUUGUUGUUUUUUUUUAAUACACAUUCUUUGUUUUUAGCAUUAUUGUUAAAUAUGCACAAUCUCUGGUUAACUGUUCUACAUCUAUAUCAAAUUUUAUGUAUUGAACCUAAUUGAAAUUGAUUUGUUUGUUUCAUUUAUUCUUAAAAUUAUUGUUUUUGGUGAGAUUUUAUGUGGCUUGUUUUCACAUUGAUUAAUGUCAUGGAAAUUUUUUUUUUAUUUUUUAACUUAUUGAAUUUUUUUUAACUUCUGAAUAUUUUAAAGUUACCAAUUAUCAUUUUAUAGCUGCUAUAUCAUUGCCCAGUAAUUAAUUAGGGUUUCCAGUACAUUUUCGCUGUUAGGGUCAGUGAGUUUUACUCUUCUAGUUACAGCAUUCUGUCUUCUCAGUACCAGCCAGUGUUAUAUAUAUAUAUUUAGUAUUUAUAAUCAACUUGAGUAUUUUUCUCCCCUGACCUAUACAAAUUAUGUUAUUCUCACAACAGUAAACACUGAUGCAGAUAAUAGUUUUAAUGCCUUUUGUAUAUUCAUGUUUUAUUUAUACAUUUAAGUUUUGCCUAUGGCUAACAUUUGUUUUAUGAAUAGGCUGAGAUUUUUUGUUAAAGUCUUUCUUUUAAAAUGAUAUUUUAUUGAACUAGUUCAGAGACUGCUGUGUAAGGACUUCCUUUUUUUUUUUGUAACAUUAUUUCUGCUAAUGUCUGUGAUUUCAACCUCUUUGGUUUUGUGUAAGCUAUUUAUUGAUAUUGUUUUAUUUCAAUGCUGUUAUACAAUUGUAUAUGUUGCUUAUACAAGUAACUUAAAUGUAUGUUUACACAGAGUUUACACGUGCCGUGUAUCUGAGUGAUAUGACUGACUGAAAGAAUUGAUAGGUCAUGGCUAAAAAUUUUUAUUGUAAUUUCAACUCUCCAUAAAUAUCUGAAUAUCUAAGCAAUACUCACACACAUGUCAAGAGUUCUUCACCAGCGUCAUUUGAUGUCACUUUAUGACUUUCCAUCACAACUUCUUAGAAUGCAUUAGGUUUGGUUUGCCUGUUUGCUGGUCUGUCUGUUUGAGCAUUACUUCCUGUCAUCAAGGUCCUUAUGAACGAUGUACUUAAUCAUAGAAUUUACAUUCUUCAAGGAAGAGAAUAAUUUACUGUCACAUGAUUAUUUAUCUUAGCCAAGAUGAUGCAUUGCCAAGAUUAUAAUGCAUAUCUCUUUUCUGAUAGGGACAUGUGUAAAUGUUUAUUUCAAACAGGACAGUAACUCUUUCUAAAUUAUAUUUCAUUCAUUGUUUUCACUAGUUCAGGAUGAAAUUGUUUACAGACAGUGAUGUAAAAGUUACUUUAGUUCAAGUUGUAGCUAUUGUAAAAGUUUUUUUUUGCAAUGGUCCUGUUUAUAUUGAUUAUCUCCCUCAAUUAAAAGUAACAUUUUAUUUUUAACCUAAAAAUAACACUUAAUGUCAACCUUUUUUUUGAAUGGGAUUAAAUGGUCUAGUGUUUAAACAGUAAUUUAACAAUCUAAAUGUUAAUUGGCCUCCUAAUCUCUAAAUGAUUACUUGGCAUAGGAUGAAGGUAGUAGGAGAAUAUGCAACUAAAUGAAUUGAAAUGAAUUCAUCCUUUACUAAAACAUGCAAUAAGAUCAUUUACCUCAUGGAAAUAUCUUAAGGAGGCAUUCUUGUGUGUAUUUUAUAAUCAAAGGAUGGUCAUGAAGUAUUGAACUUUGAAGGCUGAAAAUUGAAUAAAAAAUUUUUUUUAGAUUCAAGUAGGCUCUUACAAAAAUUAAAAAACCUAAAAGGUUAACAUGCAAAGUCAAAUGUCAAAACUAUCUUUGAGAAAAUGUUUGGUAAAGUUCCAUUCCAACUCAACUUCACAACUAAACUCAACUUCACAACUAAACUCAACUUCACAACUAAACUCAACUUCACAGCUAAACUCAACUUCACAACUAAACUCAACUUCACAACUAAACUCAACUUCACAACUAAACUCAACUUCACAGCUAAACUCAACUUCACAGCUAAACUCAACUUCACAACUAAACUCAACUUCACAACUAAACUCAACUUCACAGCUAAACUCAACUUCACAACUAAACUCAACUUCGCAAACUAAAAGUCAAGCAAAUAUGUUGCAAUUCUUUAGUCUCUGGGAGUCAUUUUUUUUUUUCUAGCAUGAUAUAUUUUAUUUUGAGUGCUCAUGUUAAAUGUAACUCUUAACUAGGAAGAAGAAGCAAAUAAUUUCAGUUUCAAAUGUGCAUGUUUAACGUUUAAACUUAGAAUCUGAUCGCAACACUUAUCCUGUUUUCUAAAACAUUGAAUGAAUGUGAGUUGUUUGUUGUUUUAAACCCAUCUUUUCAGCAUUUCAUUAAAAAUGAUUUUAUUAUUAAUACA